AUGCAUUUUACUCAACUCUUUACCAUCGCAACCGGUGCCACACUGGCAGCCGCUGCUCCUGCUGCAGCUCCUGCAGCUCAGCCUGCCCCCAUUGCUGUUGCAAUGGACGAUGUUGUCCUCCACGGCAACGGUCGCCUCCAAGUCAUGAAGCGCUCAGAGUUUGACCAGCUAUUCCCCGUCGACAAAUAUCCAGUUGGAACGCCAAGUCAGUUUGAACCCAACCUAAUCACCUACACUGGCGCAGAGAUUGCAAAAAUGAGAAGCAGUUCUUUGUCGAAACGGGACACUUCAAUCGUUAUCCCUGGAAAAACGACCACGUUCACUGGCUGGGAUGUGCAAGUCAGCCAGAUCAUUCAAGGUGGACUUGAAACAAAGAUUACCGUAGCGGCUGGCUACAGUAUCAGUAACAGUAUUUCUGUUUCCGUGGGCGUCGAUGCUACGAUUAUCGAAGACUUCCUCAAGACAUCGAUGUCCGUAACUAAAACAUGGGAGACUACCAACAGUCUGACCCAGACCUUUUACACCGAUGUGCCAGAGGGCAAGUGGGGUGCCUGGGUCUUCCGACCACUCACCACGCGCUACAGCGGUGCCGUGUGGCAUGGCAAGAUGGGAGACACAGGCUCUGUGUCAACAUGGCAGGCGGACUCGUUCUCGAACAAGAGCUACAAUGGCAUGGACUGGAUCGAUGGUUACUUUGCAGCAUGCUUCCAGGACACGUUCCCUAUGCCCCGAUGCCAGGGAGGAGGUUUCCUCUAA